UCGUGGCAGCGCCGUUGACAAUGGCGGAAUUGGCGAUGGCGAUAUCGGGCUUUCUUUCGAGCUUGUGCUGGCAUCCGGGUUUCAACCCGAGCGUGGAGAUAUGUUGCCAGUGGUCGGUGGCCAUGCGGGUUGCGGGUUUGCGGACACAAUGCUGCGGCACAACCUCGUUCGACCCGGACUCCCAUAUGUGCUGCACAAAUGACAACGUGGUGGAGAAGAUCGCGGGGAAGAGGACGGUGUGCUGUGGAAUGGAGCCCAUGGACCCGCGGACCCACAAAUGCUGUGGUCACACUGUUCAACCUCUUGUGGCUGGGGAAGACACUCAUUGCUGCGGGCACGAGAGCUACGACCCCAUGGAGAGACUCUGCUGCAAAGGAAUGUUGUUUCCCCCACACAUCCACCCUAAUUGUUACAGCUGUGAUGGAAUGCACGAAAAGCCGUUCUUUGACAACAAUAAGCAAGCCUGUUGUGAAGGAAAACUGGUCCCUGCUAUUGUUGGCAACCUGACCUGCUGCUGUAAGGCACAGGCAUUUGACCCGCAAGAUCGAAUAUGUUGUGAUGACAAACUGCAAGACAGAGUUGGCGGGGACAUAUCGGCGUGCUGCGGGGACAAAAAUUAUGACCCGAAAGCAUCCAUAUGCUGCAAUGGCAACGUGCUGCCACGUGUCGCAGGAAACAUGACCCGCUGCUGCAAAACGCGGAGUUUUGAUCCGGAUACACAUGUCUGCUGUGACAAUACGAAACUUGCGAAGAAAACAAGGAAGUCUGACAGUUGUUGUUGCGGGGACGAGGCGUUCUCGCCUAAUAAGGAAGUGUGCUGUGACGAUGAGGUACAGCCGAAAUUUAAAAACGGUACACAGUGUUGUGAAAAGAAGAGCUUUAAAUCUCAAAAAUUUAUUUGUUGCGAAGGUUCAAUUCAGUCGCUUGCUAAAGGACGUAAGAGCAUUACGAGAUGUUGCGGACAAAAGAGCUAUCACGCUAAGAAAGAGCUGUGUUGCCACAAUAAAGUAAUGAAAAAGAGUAAAAAAAAACAUACCGGUUGCUGUGGAGACGUUUCGUACGAUCCGAGAACGGAAAUGUGUUGCAAUGGAGAACCAGGGCCUAUGCUUAAAGAAGGAACAAGAUGCUGCAAUAAGAAUAGCUUCAAUGUUAAAACUGAAAUUUGCUGCGAUGGAAGGGUGUUUCCAAAUACCAUGGUUUGCUGUAAUGAAAAAAUAAUCAUAGACACCAAUAAGGAAAUAUGUUGUGAUGGAAACAAAAUUGAAACAAAGGCGCGCAAAGACGAUAACUGUUGUUGUGGCAAUACUACAAUGAAUACACUUGAAGGAAUUUGCUGCGAAGGUGUUCCGCAGUCAUUAGAAGCUUCUGGCAAAACGAGGUGUUGUGGGCAACUUAGUUAUAACCCCGACAAAGAUAUAUGCUGUGAAAAUCGCGUAGUACCGAAACUCGACUCUAAGGACAAUUGGUGUUGCGGGGAUAUCAGUAUCAACACUAAUUUGCAUAUAUGUUGCAGAGGAAAUAAACAGCCAAUUGUAACAUCAGUCGAAAAUACGUUUUGUUGCAGAAAUAAAAGCUUCAAUGAAAGACUGCAGAUGUGUUGCACUGGUGACGUGGUCGACAAACGCACGCCAUCAGAUGACUACUGCUGUGGAAAAGCUACAAUGGAUACUCAAAACGAAAUUUGCUGUGAAGGAAAACCAAUUGGGGUUUCUGAUACUGAUUAUGGAUUUUGUUGUGGAGAUGAUGCGGGCGACACAAGAGAACAACUAUGUUGCAACAUGGAACUUGUGCCUAAACGAAGACCGGAUGAUGAUUGCUGUUGUGGCGGUACAACGAUGAAUGCCAACACCAUGAUAUGCUGUAAAGGAAAUUCUGAGCCAAAAGAGGGUGGAGAAUUCACAAAAUGCUGUGAUGACAAAGCGUAUGACUCCAGGGACGAAAUGUGUUGUGAUAUGAAAGUGAGGCCGAAGCGGAAUACAGAAGAUGAUUGUUGCUGUGGAAACACAACAUAUGAUAAUGAUGCCGAGAUUUGCUGCAUGAACGUGGUUCAGCCAGCACCUGCAGGAAAGGACACAAAAUGCUGCAUGGACGAAAGCUACGAUCCUAAUGCGUUCAUGUGUUGUGACGGAAAAAUGAAAAAGACUAAAAGGUUGCCGAACGACAACUGCUGUUGCGGAGAUACAACUAUGAACUCCAAAGAAGAAAUGUGUUGCCAGGACACACCUCAGCCGAAGGAGAAUGAUUUCUACUUUUGUUGUGACAGGAAAAGUUUUGACUCGAAAAUGUAUGUGUGCUGUGAAAACCGAAUUGUUCUAAAGGUCGAUGAAGAUGAUGACUGUUGUUGUGGAAACACUACAAUGAACUCGAAAGACUUUGUAUGUUGCCGAGGGAAACGUCAAAUGAAAUAUAAAGGGCAACAAACAGGUUGCUGUGGCGAUGAAAGCUACGGUAUGAAGGAUUCCAUGUGCUGCGAUAAAAAGGUGGUUGAGAAAGUAUCCAAGAAGGACGAUUGUUGUUGUGGUAAAACUACUAUGAACACAGAAGAUCAGAUAUGUUGUCUGGGAAAGCCACAGUUUGUUAGUGGGUCCAACUGGAUGUGUUGCGACAAGAACAGCUACAACCCACAAACACAUAUGUGUUGUGAAAACAAAAUGGUAAAGAAAGAAAAACCCGAGGACAACUGGUGCUGUGCAGAUGAUCCAUACGACACAAACACCCAGGUGUGUUGUGACAUGGUCGUUCAGUCCGCCUACGGUGAUCCAGAUACGACAAAAUGUUGCGGCACUAUUAGUUACGAUAUGGAGAACAUGAUUUGCUGUCACGGUGAUUUAUUGGAGAAGACGGACAUAGAUGAUAAAUGGUGUUGUGGUGAUGAAACGUACAACACGAGAAAGCACGUUUGUUGUAAUGGAAAAGUGAAACAGCCAAGAUACGGGGACCGGACACUAUGCUGUGACAAUAAAAGUUUUGAUAUGGGUACGCAUAUAUGUUGUAAUGAAAGCAUUUACAAAAUGAAUUCACCUGACGAUGACUGUUGCUGUGGAGACGAGUCAAUGAAUACAAGAAAUGAAAUAUGUUGCGAAGGCGUCCGGCAAGCAAGAAUCGGUGGAGAAUAUACUGAUUGUUGUGGUACUGUCGCAUAUAACACAAAAAAACAAAUUUGCUGUGAACGAGACGGAGUCAGAGACAAACGGAACGAUGACGACGACUGUUGCUGUAUUGAUACAACAAUGGAUUCUUCAGAAAAAAUAUGUUGCAAAGAUGGUCCAGUUCCCAUCAGGGGAUCACUGGAAUUUACAGACUGCUGCUGUGGUCAAUCGUAUGACACCAGAAACCAGAUUUGUUGUGAAUGCAGCCUGGUCAAGAAAUCCAAAGUCUCCGACAAUUGGUGUUGUAAUGAUACUUCAAUGAACACAGAAACAGAAGUUUGCUGCUUUGGUAAACCACAACCUGCUGUAGCAGGGCCGGAAACCAGAUGUUGCAGAUUAAAGAGUUAUGAUAUAGACGAAUAUUUAUGUUGUAAUGGCACAGACCUGAUUAAAAAAAAUUCUGCCGACGACAAUGUCUGUUGUGCGAAUGAACCUAUGAAUUCCGACACUCAAAUAUGUUGUGACGGUGAAGUCGAUAAAAGGGACGGUGGCGAAUUAACACAGUGUUGUAGUAAGCAAAGCUUUGAUGCAAGAAAGGAAAUAUGCUGCCGUGAUAAAAAUGGAGAUUGGAACCCACGUCCAAAGAGAUCCAGGAAAGAUGACAUGUGCUGUGGUAAUGGAACUGUAGAUACAGACAACGAGAUAUGUUGUGAUGGAAGGGCUCAACCUGGUGGUCCAUAUUCUCAUUGUUGCCACGGAGUAAGCUAUGACAGUAAAACACAAAUAUGUUGCGGAGAUCAUGAUGAACAUUAUAUCAUUGAUAAAGAAGAAAAGGAUGACGAUUGCUGUUGUGGCAAACCCGGAAGUUAUGUCUCGGCAAAUGGAACAGAUCACAUAUGCUGUGAGGGAAAUAAACAACCACGGUGUGCUGGUCCUGAUACCAGGUGUUGUAGGAAUGUUAGUUACGACCCAGAAAUAUCGUUGUGCUGCAACGGAAUACAUGUUCACGAGAAAGAUUCCGCGGAUGAUAACUGCUGUUGUGGAGUAAACACAUUUAAUACUGAGGAUGAGCUUUGUUGUGAAAACACUACACAACCUGGCGGGCCGACAUGGGCAUGUUGUGUCGACAAGAGCUAUAACACAGAAACGCACAUCUGCUGUGAAAACCGGAUGGUAGUUGUAGCAGAACCAGAGGAUAAAUGGUGUUGUGGUGACACAACAUACAAUAUGAAGAAACAUAUUUGCUGUCAAGGCUUAUACAAACAACCAAAACGAACACCGGAUCCAGAAGAUACAAAGUGCUGCAAUAAAAACAGCUAUAAUCCUUCGACUCAUAUUUGUUGUGAUGGCAAUACCGUUGAAAAGGAUGACGUAAAGGAUACAAUGUGUUGUGGAAACGGUACAAUGAAUACAAAACAGAUGUGUUGCAAUAGAAAUGUUCAGCCUGGCGGUAGAACUUACACGUGUUGUAAUGAAUAUAGUUAUAAUACACUAACGCAUUUGUGUUGUUACGGAAAAGUUAGAGAAAAGAAAAAUGACAACGACGACGGCUGUUGUGGGGAUGACAGUUCUGUAAAUAGUCAAACGGAGCUGUGUUGCAAAGGUGUUCCGCAAGCUGUUGAUCCUGAGUUUGGUGACUGUUGUGGUUCAAAUGUUUACGACGAAAGAACACAUAUUUGUUGUAAUGAUUCAGAAGUAAUAGCAAAGGAGAAUGAAAGAGACAACGUUUGCUGUGGUGACAGCACGAUGCAUGCAUCCGACCAUAUAUGUUGUAAUGAUGUAAGACAACCGAGAGUUGCCGGAGACGACACGCUUUGUUGCCUUGAUAAGAGUUAUGAUUCAGCUAAUAAGGUAUGCUGUGAUGGUAUGAGAUUAUCAAACAAAUCAUCACCAGACGAUGACUGUUGUUGCGACUAUAAAACCUUGAACAGCAAGACGGAUAUAUGCUGUGAAAAUGUACCGAAUCCUGGAUAUGGGUCUGACACACAGUGCUGUGGUAAGAAGAGCUUUAAUCAGAAAACGCAUGUGUGUUGCCACAAUGAAGUCAUAGGAAAGAUAAACGAGCAGGACGAUGGUUGUUGUGGCAAUAGAACUAUUGAUGCCAGUAGCCAGAUUUGCUGUAAUGGCAACCCACAACCAGGACCAAUCAGAAUGUAUUCCUGUUGUGGCGAUGAAAGCCAUAACGUCAAAACUCAUAUUUGCUGUGAUAAUAAUGACGUAAGGGAGAAACAUAAUUCUAAAGAUGAUUGUUGUUGUGGUGAUACAUCCAUGAACACCAAAUCUGAGAUUUGUUGCGAUGGCAAAGUACGAAUACGUGUUGGAGCGGAGAUGACAAAAUGCUGUCUGGAAGAAGCAUUCGAUCCAAUUAAACAAAUUUGCUGCGAAGGUCGUGUUGUUACCAAAGUUGAUGAGGACGACAACUUAUGUUGUGGAAAUGUAAGUUUUAACACAAAGGAACAGAUAUGCUGCAACCAUUCACCGCAGCCUCUUGUCGCAGGAUCCUCUACGCAGUGUUGCGACACUGUCAGCUUUAAUCCAGCAAAGCAACUGUGUUGUGAGAAGGGUGUUGUGGAAAAGGAGAGCGAUGAUGAUACAUGCUGUUGUGGUAAGACCAAAACAUAUAAUCCUGAUGAUGAGGUUUGCUGUGGAGGAAUCAAUCCACAGCCAAAAUAUGGAGACAAUACCAAGUGCUGUAUACUUAACAGUUAUAACGCAGAUACACAAGUGUGUUGCGACAAAGAUGUUGUCGAUAAAAAAGAUUAUGAUGAUGAUCAUUGUUGUGGAAAUUCAACGUACGAUAGUAUAAACGAAAUAUGCUGCGAUGGUGUCGCGCAGCCAAAGAAAGGUGGACCUUUUACUGACUGUUGCGAAAAGAAAAGCUUUGAUAUAAUGUCUGAGUUAUGUUGUGACGGAAAAGUUAUAACGAAAGAUGAUCUUAGUCAUGAUGGAUGCUGCGGAAAAAGCUCUAUGGACUCAAAGGAGGAUAUAUGUUGUGAGGGUGUUACAAACAAAGGAUAUGAAAGAAAUGGAAAAUGCUGUGGUUCGGAGAGUUACAACAUGAACAAUUCAGUUUGUUGUAAUGGGAAUAUUGUUCAGAAAGCCAGUCCUGACGAUACCGGCUGUUGUGGUGACAGUACUUUCAACUAUGAGACAGAAGUGUGCUGCUUGGGUGUAACAAAUGAUUAUUACGGGCCACGUACUGGUUGUUGCCUAGAUAAGAGUUACAACAGAAGUGAAUCAAUCUGCUGUGAUGGAACCACUGUGACAGCUAAACGUGAUGAAAAUGACAACUGGUGUUGUGGCAAUAAACCUUUCAAUACAAAGCUGAACGUUUGCUGUGAAGGCAAUAUACAACCGAAGUAUGGGGGAAACACUCAAUGCUGUCACGAGGUAAGCUUCAAUUCAAAUUUGUCGUUAUGCUGUGGACGAACCAUCGUGACAAAACAUUCACCCGAUGCCGACAUGUGUUGUGGAAACACUACAGUUGAUAUGAGUAACGAAAUAUGCUGUGAAGGUGUUCCAAGAUCGAAAACAGACGGUGAGUUUACGUCGUGUUGUAAAGACAAAAGCUACUCUACAAUGUCGCAACUCUGUUGUAAUGAAGGUGACGUGAGAAACAAAAAGAGGGUUGAUGAUAGAGAAUGCUGUGGAACUAAAAAAACAUUUAACCCAGCUAAAGAAAUUUGCUGUAACGGGGAAGCUUAUGAUGUAGGAGGUGUCGACAGUGCUGAAUGUUGCGACGGUAAAGGCUACAAUAUUGAAACACAUAUCUGUUGCACAGAUAAAAUUGUUCCACGUGGAGUUGAAGGCAAUAACUGGUGCUGUGAUGAUGUUCCAUUUAACACUGCUACACACAUAUGUUGUAAUGGAAAUGUUGAUGAAAGAAAAGGGGGUGAAAUGGCAAGAUGUUGCUCACAAGACAGUUUCAACUCCCAAACGCACAUAUGUUGCGACAAUAACGUGACUGAAAAAACAAAAGACAAUGAUACGUGUUGCGGUAAGACCAAAACAUAUAAUCUUGAUGAUGAGGUUUGCUGUGGAGGAAUCAAUCCACAGCCCAAAUAUGGAGACAAUACCAAGUGCUGUAUACUUAGGAGUUACAACGCGGAUACACAAGUAUGUUGCGACAAAGAUGUUGUCGAUAAAAAAGAUAAUGAUGAUGAUCAUUGUUGUGGAAACUCAACGUACGACAGUAUAAACGAAAUAUGCUGCGAGGGUGUCGCGCAGCCAAAGAAAGGUGGACCUUUUACUGACUGUUGUGACAAGAAAAGCUUUGAUAUAAUGUCUGAGUUAUGUUGUGACGGAGAAGUUAUAACGAAAGUUGAUCUUAGUCAUGAUGAAUGCUGCGGAAAAAGCUCUAUGGACUCAAAGGACGACAUAUGUUGUGAGGGUGUUACAAACAAAGGAUAUGGAAGAAAUGGAAAAUGCUGUGGUUCGGAGAGUUACAACAUGAGAAAUUCAGUUUGCUGUAAUGGGAAUAUUGUUCAGAAAGCCAGUCCCGAAGAUACCGGCUGUUGUGGUGACAGUACUUUCAACUAUGAGACAAAAGUGUGCUGCUUGGGUGUAACAAAUGAUUAUUACGGGUCACGUACUGGUUGUUGCCUAGAUAAGAGUUACAACAGAAGUGAAUCAAUCUGCUGUGAUGGAACCACUGUGACAGCUAAACGUGAUGAAAAUGACAACUGGUGUUGUGGCAAUAAACCUUUCAAUACAAAGCUGAACGUUUGCUGUGAAGGCAAUAUACAAUCGAAGUAUGGGCGAAACACUCAAUGCUGUCACGAGGUAAGCUUCAAUUCAACUUUGUCGUUAUGCUGUGGACGAACCAUCGUGACAAAACAUUCACCCAAUGCCGACAUGUGUUGUGGAAACACUACAGUUAAUAUGAGUAAAGAAAUAUGCUGUGAAGGUGUUCCAAGAUUGAGAACAGACGGUGAGUUUACGUCGUGUUGUAAAGACAAAAGCUACUCUACAAUGUCGCAACUAUGUUGUAAUGAAGGUGACGUGAGAAACAAAAAGAGGGUUGAUGAUAGAGAAUGCUGUGGAACUAAAAACACAUUUAACCCAGCUAAAGAAAUUUGCUGUAACGGGGAAGCUUAUGAUGUAGGAGGUGUCGACAGCGCUGGAUGUUGCGACGGAAAAGGCUACAAUAUUGAAACACAUAUAUGUUGCACAGAUAAAAUUGUUCGAAGUGGAGUUGAAGGCAAUAUCUGGUGCUGUGAUGAUGUUUCAUUUAACACUGCUACACACAUAUGUUGUAAUGGAAAUGUUGAUGAAAGAAAAGGGGGUGAAAUGGCAAGAUGUUGCUCACAAGACAGUUUCAACUCCCAAACGCACAUAUGUUGCGACACUAACGUGACUGAAAAAACAAAAGACAAUGAUACAAUGUGUUGCGGUAAGACCAAAACAUAUAAUCCUGAUGAUGAGGUUUGCUGUGGAGGAAUCAAUCCACAGCCAAAAUAUGGAGACAAUACCAAGUGCUGUAUGCGUAGGAGUUACAACGCGGAUACACAAGUAUGUUGCGACAAAGAUGUUGUCGAUAAAAAAGAUAAUGAUGAUGAUCAUUGUUGUGGAAACUCAACGUACGACAGUAUAAACGAAAUAUGCUGCGAGGAUGUCGCGCAGCCAAAGAAAGGUGGACCUUUUACUGACUGUUGUGACAAGAAAAGCUUUGAUAUAAUGUCUGAGUUAUGUUGUGACGGAGAAGUUAUAACGAAAGUUGAUCUUAGUCAUGAUGAAUGCUGCGGAAAAAGCUCUAUGGACUCAAUGGACGACAUAUGUUGUGAGGGUGUUACAAACAAAGGAUAUGGAAGAAAUGGAAAAUGCUGUGGUUCGGAGAGUUACAACAUGAGAAAUUCAGUUUGCUGUAAUGGGAAUAUUGUUCAGAAAGCCAGUCCCGAAGAUACCGGCUGUUGUGGUGACAGUACUUUCAACUAUGAGACAAAAGUGUGCUGCUUGGGUGUAACAAAUGAUUAUUACGGGCCACGUACUGGUUGUUGCCUAGAUAAGAGUUACAACAGAAGUGAAUCAAUCUGCUGUGAUGGAACCACUGUGACAGCUAAACGUGAUGAAAAUGACAACUGGUGUUGUGGCAAUAAACCUUUCAAUACAAAGCUGAACGUUUGCUGUGAAGGCAAUAUACAACCGAAGUAUGGGGAAAACACUCAAUGCUGUCACGAGGUAAGCUUCAAUUCAACUUUGUCGUUAUGCUGUGGACGAACCAUCGUGACAAAACAUUCACCCGAUGCCGACAUGUGUUGUGGAAACACUACAGUUAAUAUGAGUAAAGAAAUAUGCUGUGAAGGUGUUCCAAGAUUGAGAACAGACGGUGAGUUUACGUCGUGUUGUAAAGACAAAAGCUACUCUACAAUGUCGCAACUCUGUUGUAAUGAAGGUGACGUGAGAAACAAAAAGAGGGUUGAUGAUAGAGAAUGCUGUGGAACUAAAAACACAUUUAACCCAGCUAAAGAAAUUUGUUGUAACGGGGAAGCUUAUGAUGUAGGAGGUGUCGACAGCGCUGGAUGUUGCCACGGAAAAGGCUACAAUAUUGAAACACAUAUAUGUUGUACAGAUAAAAUUGUUCGAAGUGGAAUUGAAGGCAAUAACUGGUGCUGUGAUGAUGUUUCAUUUAACACUGCUACACACAUAUGUUGUAAUGGAAAUGUUGAUGAAAGAAAAGGGGGUAAAAUGGCAAGAUGUUGCUCACAAUACAGUUUCAACUCCCAAACCCACAUAUGUUGCGACAAGAACGUGACUGAAAAAACAAAAGACAAUGAUACAAUGUGUUGCGGUAAGACCAAAACAUAUAAUCCUGAUGAUGAGGUUUGCUGUGGAGGAAUCAAUCCACAGCCAAAAUAUGGAGACAAUACUAAGUGUUGUAUACUUAGGAGUUACAACGCGGUUACACAAGUAUGUUGCGACAAAGAUGUUGUCGAUAAAAAAGAUAAUGAUGAUGAUCAUUGUUGUGGAAACUCAACGUACGACAGUAUAAACGAAAUAUGCUGCGAGGGUGUCGCGCAGCCAAAGAAAGGUGGACCUUUUACUGACUGUUGUGACAAGAAAAGCUUUGAUAUAAUGUCUGAGUUAUGUUGUGACGGAGAAGUUAUAACGAAAGUUGAUCUUAGUCAUGAUGAAUGCUGCGGAAAAAGCUCUAUGGACUCAAAGGACGAUAUAUGUUGUGAGGGUGUUACAAACAAAGGAUAUGGAAGAAAUGGAAAAUGCUGUGGUUCGGAGAGUUACAACAUGAGAAAUUCAGUUUGCUGUAAUGGGAAUAUUGUUCAGAAAGCCAGUCCCGAAGAUACCGGCUGUUGUGGUGACAGUACUUUCAACUAUGAGACAGAAGUGUGCUGCUUGGGUGUAACAAAUGAUUAUUACGGGCCACGUACUGGUUGUUGCCUAGAUAAGAGUUACAACAGAAGUGAAUCAAUCUGCUGUGAUGGAACCACUGUGACAGCUAAACGUGAUGAAAAUGACAACUGGUGUUGUGGCAAUAAACCUUUCAAUACAAAGCUAAACGUUUGCUGUGAAGGCAAUAUACAACCGAAGUAUGGGGGAAACACUCAAUGCUGUCACGAGGUAAGCUUCAAUUCAACUUUGUCGUUAUGCUGUGGACGAACCAUCGUGACAAAACAUUCACCCGAUGCCGACAUGUGUUGUGGAGACACUACAGUUAAUAUGAGUAAAGAAAUAUGCUGUGAAGGUGUUCCAAGAUUGAGAACAGACGGUGAGUUUACGUCGUGUUGUAAAGACAAAAGCUACUCUACAAUGUCGCAACUAUGUUGUAAUAAAGGUGACGUGAGAAACAAAAAUGAAGAUGAUGAUAGAGAAUGCUGUGGAACUAAAACCACAUUUAACCCAGCUAAAGAAAUUUGUUGUAACGGGGAAGCUUAUGAUGUAGGAGGUGUCGACAGCGCUGGAUGUUGCCACGGAAAAGGCUACAAUAUUGAAACACAUAUAUGUUGCAUAGAUAAAAUUGUUCCAAGUGGAGUUGAAGGCAAUAACUGGUGCUGUGAUGAUGUUCCAUUCAACACUGCUACACACAUAUGUUGUAAUGGAAAUGUUGAUGAAAGAAAAGGGGUUUCAACUCCCAAACUCAAAUAUGUUGCGUCAAUAACGUGA